AUGUAUUUGAGACCCAUGGUCGGCCAACCGACAGGAACAUCAUUACGCUUCGCAAACCUCGGCGCUGAAGCCAUCAGGAGAUGGACCGAUGCCCACGGGUGUCCCGACUGCGAAAUUGAAAAGGUCGCUUUGGAGGGUGACGGGAAGAUUGCGGACAGAGUAGACAACCUGUGGAAGCUUCUGCUUAACUGGAUUGAGCAUAUUCGCAACGCUGAUCUAAUCCUGGUCGCCAGUCACUCUCAAGGUGUGCCUGUUGGAGUCAUGCUGCUGGCGAAGUUGAUAGAUCUGGGCAUCAUAACAAAUGCCAAAAUCGGCGUUUGCGCAAUGGAUUACAAGUCGAGUAUGGGAAUUCUUAUGGGAGCCGCCAACGAGUUGUGGGAAUUUUCAAAUCCAGACAGCGAAAUUUCCAAGAGAUACGAGCACUCGCUAAAAGAAGUCCUCAAGUACGGCGCGAGAAUCACAUAUAUCGGCAGCAUUGACGACCAGCUCGUGCCGAUGGAGUCAGCCAUUUACUCGCCAGCAUCUCACCCUUACAUCUACCGCGCUGUAUUCAUCGACGGUCGCAUCCACGCGCCAGACUUCAUCGCCCACCUAGUAGGCUUCGCCCUCAAACUCCGCAACCUGGGCGUCUCAGACCACGGACUGAUAAGAGAACUCUCCACGCCGCUCGCAGGCAGCCUCUACUCGGGCGAAGGCCACUCGCGCCUCUACUACGACGACCAAGUCUACGACCUCGCGCUCACCCACGCCCUCGAGACGUCCGACGUCCGCCCCAACGUGUCCGCUACCGUCGCCCACCGCCGCGACUCGACGGGUGCCGGAGCCGGAGCCUCUGUCGCGAAUCCGAACCCGUAUCACCUGCCGUGGAUCAUGCGCGGCCUGCUGGAGGAGGACUUUGUCCGUACAGAGCUGUCAUCUGAGACGGAGGAGCUGCUGCGGCAAUUUGAUGACUGGAAGCCUGUUACGAAGGCGCUCAAGGAUGUAAAGUAUCGGCUUGAGGCGAUUCGAUCAAAGCUUUGA